AGGCUUGGGGGCUCGUUAGGGCAGGUGCAUCAGUGGGGUUCGAUCGUGGCAGAGUAUGUGAAGAAAUGUGUUAUGGAAAUGGCGAAGAAAUGAAUGGUGAGCAAGACUUAUAAAAAUUUAAAAUGGCGAAGAUGAAGGCCUUGAGAAGUUGGAGGAAACUGUAAUAAGCACAAAGCAUAUUGCACUGACAGUUAAUGAAGAACUAGAUCUGCACACCAGACUUAUUGAUGACUUGGACUACCAUGUGGAUACUACAGACUCUAGGCUGCGGGUACAUUGAUAUGAUUUCCAAUCCUGAAGUAGCUGAUGUAUUUCGGAAGAGAGCAAAGAUUGUAUCAGAGUUAUGCAAGACAGUGGAAUCUUUUGGAUUUCUCGAAGUUGAAACUCCAGUUCUACAGGGAGCAGCUGGUGGAGCAGAAGCAAGACCAUUUGUUACCUACCAUAAUUCGCUAGGAAGGGAUCUUUAUUUGAGGAUAGCAACAGAGCUCCACUUGAAGAGGAUGCUGGUUGGAGGAUUUGAAAAAGUUUAUGAGAUUGGUCGAAUAUUCAGAAAUGAAGGGAUUUCAAAUCGUCACAAUCCAUAGUUUAAAGCAAUGAAAUGGAGCAUAAGAUUAAGGCCUGGAAGAUUUUUCACAGUUCCUGUAAGAUUGGAGGCUUUUUUAUUUCCUUCUUUCUUGGACUAGGAAACUUGAGACUUACAGUUUUUCUUAACUUACAAUUUGUCCUCUUAUUGGCAUGGAUAUCUGAACCCUCAUUUGUUUUUUAAUUUAGGAGGAACUGAGAGCACCGUAUA